GCUCUUCAAACUUCAGUAUGUGUGCGAAUCACUGGGUAGAUUCUGAAUUGGGAGGUCUGCGUUGAGGCCUGAAUCUUGGCCUUUCUAACAAGCUCCCAGGUGAUGGUGAUGCUAGUGGUCCCUGCUGUUAUUUGAAGGAGGGGAGUAGGGAAUUUGUCUUGAAGGUGCAUUUGCCUGGCAAGCAUCCUCUUUUUACUUAGAUUUUAGUUUAUUGGGGUGACUUGGAAGAGAGUUGAUGACCUCUGAGGUGGGUACUCGGGCUCUGCCAAGCUAUCUCUUGGCGCUGCCAGGUCUCUGUUCUCAGAGUUUACAAUCUAGAAGGUGGGGUGAGGGGUGGAGGAAGGUGCUAGGAAAAGCUUCCUGGAGGAGGUGCUUGUGAACUGCAGGAGCUCCCCCGGCCGCCAAGAAAGGGAGAAACCUUGAACUCCCCCUCUCCUGGGGCUGGGUCUCGGCGUCCCCGCACCGGGUUUGGUUUCCCAGGCAUCCCACGUGUCUUCGGUCCGCGAGUCCCUGUCAAUCAAGCUUCUCCCCCAGGGGCUGGGUACGGGUUUAAAGGCGGCUGCAGUGCAGAGCGCUCCCAGAGUGCCGCGCGGCGGGCGGGUUUGGAUUUUAAAUCCCCGCGGCCAAUCAGUAGCGCGUAGGCUUUUGUAACGUUCCCGGCGCCGCGUUUGAAUUCGAGGAGGAGCAGAGCCGUGCCAAGCCUCUGCCCAGACCUUGCUAGGUCCGCUGAGCAACUCCGGGAACAUGAGUGCGGCGGCAACUGCAGGGAAGCUGGCGCGGGCACCAGCAGAUCCAGGGAAAGUCGGGGUCCCUGGAGUUGCAGCUCCCGGGGCCCCGGCGGCUGCCCCGCCGGCGAAAGAGAUCCCGGAGGUCCUAGUGGACCCGCGCAGCCGGCGGCGCUAUCUGCGGGGCCGCUUUCUGGGAAAGGGCGGCUUUGCCAAGUGCUUCGAGAUCUCGGACGCGGACACUAAGGAGGUGUUUGCGGGCAAGAUUGUGCCUAAGUCGCUGUUGCUCAAACCGCACCAGAAGGAGAAGAUGUCCAUGGAGAUAUCCAUUCACCGCAGCCUCGCUCACCAGCACGUCGUCGGCUUCCACGGCUUUUUCGAGGACAACGACUUUGUGUUCGUGGUGUUGGAGCUCUGCCGCCGGAGGUCUCUCCUGGAGCUGCACAAGCGGAGAAAAGCACUCACGGAGCCCGAGGCCCGCUACUAUCUGCGGCAGAUCGUCCUCGGCUGCCAGUACCUGCAUCGAAACCGCGUUAUUCACAGAGAUCUCAAGCUGGGCAACCUCUUCCUGAACGAGGAUCUGGAGGUGAAAAUAGGGGAUUUUGGACUGGCAACCAAAGUCGAGUAUGACGGGGAACGGAAGAAGACCCUGUGCGGGACUCCUAAUUACAUAGCUCCUGAGGUGCUGAGCAAGAAAGGGCACAGUUUCGAGGUGGACGUGUGGUCCAUUGGGUGCAUCAUGUAUACCUUGUUAGUGGGCAAACCACCUUUUGAGACCUCUUGCCUAAAAGAGACCUACCUCCGGAUCAAGAAGAAUGAGUACAGUAUUCCCAAGCACAUCAACCCCGUGGCCGCCUCCCUCAUCCAGAAGAUGCUUCAGACAGAUCCCACUGCCCGUCCAACCAUUCAGGAGCUGCUCAAUGACGAGUUUUUCACUUCUGGCUAUAUCCCUGCCCGCCUCCCCAUCACCUGCCUCACCAUUCCGCCCAGGUUUUCAAUUGCUCCCAGUAGCCUGGACCCCAGCAGCCGGAAGCCUCUCACCAUCCUCAAUAAAGGCAUGGAGAACCCCAUGCCCGAGCGUCCCCGGGAAAAAGAGGAGCCAGUGGUGCGGGAGGCCAGCGAGGCGGUCGACUGCCAUCUCGGCGACAUGCUGCAGCAGCUGCACAGCGUCAACGCCUCCAAGCCCUCAGAGCGGGGGCUGGUGAGGCAAGAGGAGGCUGAGGAUCCCGCCUGCAUCCCCAUCUUCUGGGUCAGCAAAUGGGUGGACUAUUCGGACAAGUACGGCCUCGGGUACCAGCUGUGUGACAACAGCGUGGGAGUGCUCUUCAACGACUCAACACGCCUCAUCCUCUACAACGACGGCGACAGCCUGCAGUACAUCGAGCGUGAUGGCACGGAGUCCUACCUCACCGUGAGUUCCCAUCCCAACUCCCUGAUAAAGAAGAUCACCCUCCUCAAGUAUUUCCGAAACUACAUGAGCGAACACUUGCUGAAGGCGGGUGCCAACAUCACGCCCCGGGAAGGCGACGAGCUAGCCCGGCUACCCUACCUGCGUACCUGGUUCCGCACCCGCAGCGCCAUCAUUCUGCACCUCAGUAAUGGCUGCGUGCAGAUCAACUUCUUCCAGGACCACACCAAACUCAUCCUGUGCCCGCUGAUGGCUGCGGUGACCUACAUCGACGAGAAGCGGGACUUCCGCACGUACCGCCUGAGCCUCCUGGAGGAGUACGGCUGCUCCAAGGAGCUGGCCAGCCGGCUGCGCUACGCCCGCACCAUGGUGGACAAGCUGCUGAGUUCACGCUCGGCCACCAACCGCCUCAAGGCCUCCUCGUAGCCCCCCCCCGCCCCCCUGGACUGGCACCCUCCUCCCCCCACCAGCACCUCGGCCCGCGCUGGUUAGAUCCCGUGGUGCUAUUUUAUGGGGUGUCCCCCAGCCCUGGGGGCUGGGGCGGAAGCUCCAUCAUCCCUGCAGGUGGGGCUGCUGUGUAAGUUAUUUUUGUACAUGUCCUGGUGUGGGUUCUGAGGCCUCUUCCCCCUCCCUCUCAACCCCACCAUAUGAAUUGUACAGAAUAUUGCUAUUGAAUUCGGGACUGUCUUUUCCUUGCCUUUAUAUUACAUUAAACAUAUAUGAAUCUUC